AACGAAGUUACCCAUAAUAACACAGUCGUGCAAUCCGGUCGAGGCAUCUGCAGGCUGGCAGUUGCUGAACCCUUCUAAAACUUAUCUGACAGCAGUCCCCGUUCACCAUGUCUCUCUUUUGGAGCUGUUUAGUGGGGCCUCGGCUCUACAGCGUGUACGGGCAGAUCAGAUCAGGGAAACAGGUCAUUCCAUAUGUUGCUAAUGCACUAGAACAGUUUGGGAACAACAUUAUGAAAGGGCUGAACAUCAUGUACAAUAUUGGUUACUUCGCUUCACCCUUUAUUGCUUAUUCUGUAUACCAGUGGGAAUACUCAAGCUACAUCACUGCAGCCAAGUAUGGAACUGGUCUCGGACUACUGCUGAUUGUAGCCAUGAUUAUUCGAGGAUUUGGCCGGAGAUUUAACCCAACCUACACAACAUUCAUAAAGGUGCUGAACAAGGCUGGAAAUUACAGACCUUCUCUUGAAGACAUGGAGGCUGUGCAGAACUAUGAAUUUGACUUCUCAGCAUGGCCAGUCAAUUUUGAUUGGGCAAGUGGAGUCCCGGAUGAAAAAAAGAACAGAAUAUAUGUUGUUGGGAUGAGUUUAGUUCGGAGUAAAAGAGGAAUACUCAGUAGGAUAUUGAUGUUACCCAUUGAUAUUAUGGCAACACUUCUGACAUUCUUGAUUGGAAAACAGCUGAUCUACCCCGGCUGCUCAGAGUGGUUCCAGACCAUCAUAGGGCAAAUUCUCAUGAAAGAAAGAGAAAAAUUGAUUCUACACCAAGGAGGACAAAGAAGAAAAGUCACCACCCGGGAUGGAAACAGCAUUGACACAAUGUUUGUGGACAGAAGAAAACAUGGGGAAUAUCCAAAUGGGAAGACAUUGGUGGUUUGCUGUGAAGGAAAUGCUGGCUUCUAUGAGCUAGGCAUAAUGACAGUUCCAUUAGAUGCUGGAUAUUCGGUCCUAGGAUGGAAUCACCCUGGAUUUGGAGGAAGUACAGGUUCACCAUACCCAAGCCAAGAACAGAAUGCUGCAGAUGUAGUCAUGCAUUAUGCUCUCCAUGAGUUGGGUUUCAAGCCAGAGGAUAUCAUUGUCUAUGGCUGGAGUAUAGGUGGAUAUACCAGCACUUGGAUGGCCAUGAAUUAUCCACAGCUUGGAGGACUUGUUCUGGAUGCAACUUUUGAUGAUGUUCUGCCUUUGGCUAUAAUGAGAAUGCCAUCAUGCAUGGAAGGUAUUGUGACUUCUGCCAUUCGUAAUCACUUCAACCUCACACCGGGGGCCCAGCUCUCAAGGUAUCCGGGGCCAGUCACCAUCAUUCGACGCAUAAGAGAUGAGAUCAUUACUACUGAUGAGACACAGCUCAGUGGGAAUUUGGGCAACAGUCUACUAGAGAAACUGCUGAAGAGUCGUUACCCAGCUCUUAUGUGCAAGCAGUCUGUCGAGGUACUUCACCAGUGGUUGAAUGAAGAUCCGUCUUUUAAAUCAUCCAUCUUGAACCGCUGGGGUGUGGAUGGAGUGCUUUGUUCCACACUACUGGCCACAUAUGUCAAUGAGUACAGCACAGCAUUCCCACUCAUGAUUGGUGAGGACAUGAAUGAAGAGGAGAAGACCAGGUUACUGCUAUACCUGGCCAGCAAGCACAUGGUGGACUACAAUGAGUCCCACAACCCUCCCCUGGAUGUGACCCUCUUCCGCAAGCCAUGGAGGAUUAUCAGUGAUUCUUCAUAUGUUCAG